AAAACUUAAGCCUCAAUUGAAAAUGUCAAUGAUUCCAAGCCUCUUCGGUAACCCAACAAGCAGCAUUUUCGAUCCCUUCUCUUCUUUUGCUCUGCGGGAUCCAUUCAAGGACUUUCCGUUCCCUUCCUCUUCUAGCGAAAAUUUGGCCUUUGCUAACACUCGCAUGGACUGGAAGGAGACUCCAGAAGCUCAUAUCUUCAAGGCCGACCUUCCUGGGCUCAAAAAAGAGGAAGUGAAAGUUGAAAUUGAAGAUGCCAGAGUGAUGCAAAUCAGCGGAGAGAGGAAUGUGGAGAAGGAAGACAAGUAUGAUACAUGGCACCGUGUGGAGCGUAGCAGUGGCAAGUUCUUGAGGAGGUUCAGGCUUCCGGAGAAUGUGAAGAUGGAUGAGGUUAAGGCUUCUAUGGAGAAUGGAGUUCUUACUGUGACUGUUCCUAAGGAAGAAGUCAAGAAAACUGAUGUGAAGGCUAUUGAGAUUUCUGGUUGAGAUAUUAUUUCUUGUGAAAAGUAUACGGAGAGAUAAAGGGAUGGUGUGUGUUCUGUAAAUUUACAGGUUAUAAUUAUUGAAAUUUUGUGAGCAGUGUGUGAUAUAAAAUAUCUUUGGUUAUCUAAUAAUAAUAAUUUGCAGUGCUUGCCGGCUCUUGUUUAAA